CGCGGCGGGGAUCGCGGUGGGAGCGGAGCGGAGCCCGGGCGGCUGCGGGGCUGCGGGGCUGCAGAGCGGCGGGAGCGGGGCCUGCGGACUCCAUGGCGCCAGCGGCGUCCGUCUGAGUAGCGGGGGCGGAUCCGGCCGCGGCUUCUCCUCGCCAUGGGAGACGUGCUGUCCACACACCUGGAUGACGCGCGGCGCCAGCACAUCGCAGAGAAAACUGAGAAGAUCCUGAGAGAGUUCCUCCGUUUCUACGAGGACCAAUAUGGUGUCUCCCUCUUCAACAGCAUGCGCCAUGAGAUCGAGGGCACCGGUCCACCACAGGCGCAGCUGCUCUGGCGCAAGGUGCCCCUGGAUGAACGCAUCAUCUUCUCUGGGAACCUUUUCCAGUACCAGGAGGACAAUAAGAAGUGGAGGAAUCGCUUCAGCCUGGUGCCCCACAACUAUGGGCUGGUGCUGUACGAGAACAAAGUGGCCUAUGAGCGGCAGAUGCCACCCAGAGCUGUCAUUAACAGUGCAGGCUACAAAGUUCUCACCUCUGUAGACCAGUACCUGGAGCUUGUUGGCAAUUCCCUACCAGGGACCACAUCGAAAUCGGGCUCCACGCCCAUCCUCAAGUGCCCCACGCAGUUCCCGCUGGUCCUGUGGCAUCCUUAUGCCCGUCACUACUACUUCUGCAUGAUGACGGCAGCCGAACAGGACAAAUGGCAGGCCGUGCUUCAGGAUUGCGUCCGACACUGCAACAAUGGGAUCCCUGAGAACUCGAAGGUGGAGGGCCCUGCAUUUACCGAUGCCAUCCGCAUGUACCGCCAGUCGAAGGAGCAGUACGGCACCUGGGAAAUGCUGUGUGGGAAUGAGGUGCAGAUCCUAAGCAAUCUGGUGAUGGAGGAGCUGGGCCCAGCGCUGAAGGCAGAGCUUGGCCCCCGGCUAAAGGGGAAGCCACAAGAGCGACAGCGACAGUGGAUCCAGAUCUCAGAUGCCGUAUACCGGCUGGUGUUUGAGCAGGCCAAGGUGCACUUUGAGGAGGUGCUCUCUAAGCUGCAGCUGGCCCGGCCGGCCAUGGAGGCAGUCAUCCGCACUGACAUGGAUCAGAUCAUCACCUCCAAGGAGCACCUGGCUAGCAAGAUCCGGGCCUUCAUCCUUCCCAAGGCGGAGGUGUGUGUGAGGAACCACGUCCAGCCCUACAUCCCGUCCAUCCUAGAGGCCCUGAUGGUGCCCACCAGCCAGGGCUUCACUGAGGUGCGGGAUGUCUUCUUCAAAGAAGUCACAGACAUGAAUCUGAACGUGAUCAACGAAGGGGGCAUUGACAAGUUGGGCGAGUACAUGGAGAAGCUGUCUCAGCUGGCCUACCACCCCCUGAAGAUGCAGAGCUGUUACGAGAAGAUGCAGCCUCUGCGGCUGGAUGGGCUGCAGCAGCGCUUUGACGUGUCUAGCACAUCUGUGUUCAAGCAGCGAGCCCAGAUCCACAUGCGAGAGCAAAUGGACAAUGCUGUGUACACCUUCGAAACCCUCCUGCACCAGGAGCUGGGGAAGGGGCCUACCAAGGAGGAGCUGUGCAAGUCCAUCCAGCGGAUUCUGGAGCGGGUGCUGAAGAAAUACGACUACGACAGCAGUUCUGUGCGCAAGAGGUUCUUCCGGGAGGCGCUGCUGCAGAUCACCAUUCCCUUUCUGCUCAAAAAGCUGGCCCCCACCUGCAAGUCGGAGCUGCCACGCUUCCAGGAACUGAUCUUUGAGGACUUCGCCAGGUUCAUCUUGGUGGAGAACACCUACGAGGAGGUGGUGCUGCAGACGGUCAUGAAGGACAUCCUGCAGGCUGUGAAGGAGGCCGCCGUGCAGCGCAAACACAACCUCUACCGGGACAGCAUGGUUCUGCAUAACAGUGACCCCAACCUACACCUGCUGGCCGAGGGUGCACCCAUCGACUGGGGCGAACAGUAUGGCGACAGCGGUGAUGGCAGUGACAGUGGGGGCAGCCCCAGCCCCUGCCCUUCUGAAGCAGCCAACCUCACAGAAAAGCGCAGGCGUGCCAAGCAGGUGGUGUCCGUGGUCCAGGACGAGGAGUCAGGGCUGCCCUUUGAGGCUGGCUCUGAACCACCUUCACCUGCAUCCCCGGACAGUGUCGCCGAGCUCCGAGGUCUGCUGGCCCAGGAUCUGCAGGCUGAGAGCCCCCCACCAGCCAGCCCCCUUCUCAAUGGGGCCCCUGUCCAGGAGAGCCCCCAGCCCAUGGCAGUCCUUGAGGCCUCCUCACCGCCAGCCUCGCCCCUUGGGCAUCUCCCACCUGGAAAGGGUAUGGACAUUGAGCCCCCGAAGCCCAGUGACCAGGAGACCGGGGAGCAGGUGUCCAGUCCUGGUCGCCGUCCUCCCAUCCACACCACCGAGGACAGCGCGGGUGUGCAGACAGAGUUCUAGGCCCUGCCCCCGGGCUUCUGUUGGACACUGCACUGGGCCGCCUCUCCUUGGGCACUGUAGCCUCAUGUCUGGGGAGGGGUACCCCAGCCUGUGCCUUGUGGGGGAGGUGGCUGGGGUGGUGUGGCACCUGCAGGGGGCUGGCUUACCCAAGUCACCCUAUGGGGUUCAAUAUACCUGUUACUGCCCUGUUCUCUGUGGGCUGGUCUCCAAUGCUAUGUCUGAUUUCAAGGGCUUCCUCUUUGUGCAAGGGGCUGGUGACCCCCUCCUUCCUCCGUCACCUGUUUCCCUCAUGGUGGUUCUUGUGUCUUUGGAUGGAGAUGGUGAAAGCGUUGGUGCUGUUCCUGAAGCCGGUGAACUCUGUCAUCUCACUCUGGGGCUCCUUGGCACCAAGGUGGCGAGGAAGGGGUGGGGCCCGGUCUGUCUCAGCCCUCCCUGCAGGCCCCAAGACCAGACAGACUGCUGUCACUGGCCUCUCUGCUAGCUGCUGCUGUAGGAGGGUGGGGCUUGGGGUUUUGCAGGGGAGAGAUGCAAGGGGCCUGAGAUGGGGUGAGAAAGGCCCAGAAUGUGGUAGUCUGUGCAGGGGAAGUGUCCUGAGUGGGGGAGCUUGGGAGUGUCCGACGGAGGCCGGAUGGAGACGUGAAGAAAGUGUCUGAAAGCUGGAGAAUCUCGGGUGCUCGCCGCUCCUGUCUGCCUGGCCCCCCCACCCCCACUUUGGGCUGACAGCUGCUCAUUGGCAGAGCCUGGAUGUGGGCUAUUCGCCCUGCUCUUCCAAGGUACUCACUACCUGCCAGGAAGCUGGCGGGGCUCCCGAGGGACACCGAGGGCCGUGGCUUUCUGAGACACUGUUGAAGACAGCCUCUGAGCCCACUCUAACCCUGACAAUUCCAGACCCCUCUUCCAACGUCCUUGUGAGCCAUAUGGGUUUGUCCCCUUGGUCAUGAUGGUCACACCAAGCAAGGAUGACUGAUACAUGACCCUCACCUUGGGCCUCUGCAGACUCGGAUGCUGGGGUUGGGAGAGCAAGGCAGACAGGCCUCUUCAAGGCCCCUAGGAUGUGGCUGGCGCGCAGGGACACCAGUCCCCCGGCCUACUCAGUUGUGUCACUAAUUCCUUCCAAUGUCCUCUAGUGCCUUGGGGUUUCCAUCGCCCUUCAGAUAUGGUAUGAAGAAUCUAUGCAAACUGUGUAAGCUUUGCUCAUCAAUAAACGCUUUAUUUAAAGCUCA